AUGGUUCUUCCAAAAUCCAAAAAUGCUGUUGGGCUGGGGAACAGCCUGAUGAACGACCGGUUCGGCAAAGGGAAGGCGUCGGAUCGCAAGAAAGUCUCAUACAAUGCCGCCGCAAUCCAACGAACAGGGCCAGGGGGGGAAACAUACAUCACCAACCCAUCGGAGGAGGCAUCAUGGGUCAAAAUGCGAAGCAUUACAGAACAGGCGGCUUUGGAUGAAUUUCUCAGUACCGCAGAGCUUGCGGGGACGGACUUCACUGCGGAGAAGAUGAAUAACGUCAAAAUUAUACACACUGACCAGAAAAACCCAUAUCUGCUUUCUGCAGCAGAUGAGAGGUCGGCUGUCAGUAAGCAUCGGCAAAAUAAAAAUAGGUUAACUGUGCCGCGUCGACCGAAAUGGAACUCCAAAACAACGCCGCAACAACUUGAUACCAUGGAGAGAGAAAAUUUCCUUGAGUGGAGAAGAGGCCUUGCUGAGCUGCAGGAAAACCAGGACAUUUUGAUGACUCCAUUUGAACGUAACAUUGAAGUGUGGAGACAGUUGUGGAGGGUCAUUGAGCGGUCGGAUUUGGUAGUUCAGAUUGUCGACGCACGAAAUCCCCUCCUAUUUCGAUCUGAAGAUCUUGAAAAAUACGUGAAGGAAGUGGACUCGAGAAAACGAAAUUUAUUGCUGGUAAAUAAAGCAGAUAUGAUGACUUCCCACCAAAGGGAGCUUUGGGCCGAUUAUUUCGAAGCACAUGGCAUAAGUUACAAAUUUUUUUCGGCUGCGUUAGCGAAGGAACAAAAUGAGGCUUUAUCUGAAGAAGUAUCAGAUGACAGCAGCUCCAAUAUCUCGAACCUUGCGACGCAGACCUCUCAAGUCGGACUAGAUGAUGAGGAUGAAGAUUCCGAGUCUGAUUCUGUCAAAGAUGGUGGCGUGCCACUCCCUCUAGACCCUAAAGAAUUAAGGACUCAGAUUCUUACAGUGGAUGAGUUGGAAUCGCUAUUUCUCGAAGCUGUUCCGGCUCUCGACCUCGGCGACGGUGAGGAAUCGUCUAAAAAGAUAACAACUAUUGGCCUUGUAGGAUAUCCCAACGUGGGAAAGUCCAGCACUAUCAAUGCAUUGCUUGGGGCAAAAAAGGUUUCCGUCUCUGCUACUCCUGGCAAAACAAAACAUUUCCAGACUCUACAUCUUUCCUCAUCUUUAGUUCUCUGUGAUUGCCCUGGUCUUGUGUUUCCAAAUUUUGCAACAACGAAAGCGGAACUCGUUGUCAACGGUGUUCUGCCUAUUGACCAAUUGAGAGAGUAUACUGGGCCUGCUGGCUUAGUGGCCCAGAGAAUUCCAAAACAUUUCAUUGAGGCAAUAUAUGGAAUGAAAAUAUAUAUGCGACCUCUUGAGGAAGGAGGAACGGGUAUUCCAACUGCUUCUGAAGUACUUCGGGGCUAUGCGCGUGCCAGAGGGUUUGCAACAACUGGCCAGGGCCAACCCGACGAGUCUCGUGCUGCUAGGUACAUCCUCAAAGAUUAUGUCAAUGGAAAAUUACUCUAUUGUCACCCCCCUCCUUCUGAUGAUGAUGGUCAUUGCAAAUAUGCCGCUGAGUUUAAUAGCGGUUUAUAUGACAUGGCCCAUCUUCCUCCUCGCCGACAAGCGGCAUUACUGAAUCAGUCAUCAAAUGCACCCGCAUCGGGCAUUACGGACAGCAAUGACGGCGAUACAAACUCAGACAUCAUGUCACUCUCCUCAGCCAAGCCCCCAUUUGAAGGUGCACGGUCUAGAAAUGUUGAUGCAGGGUUUUUUACAGCCCGCGGUUCCGGGUCCGUUGGCCAUCUUAAGAUGCCAUUUAGUCACGUAUACACUGAGCAAGGUGCACUUCAGCGACAAAAGGAGCUAUCUGGGCGGAAGGCAAGAACAAUGGUAGCUCUAGAAAAAGGAGUUGAUGUUUCAGAAGUUCGAACUUCCAGCAAGAAGCAUUUUAAAGGAGGGAAAAGGAAAGACAAAGUGAAGAUUAAUACCAAAGAUGCUGAUGAUUUUUAA